AUGGAAAGUUCAGACGACAUGUCGGGAACAUUGCGCGACAAGACCAACGAUGCUCAAGGUUUUCGAUUUUUGUGGCCGUUUCCGGAAAGGCCGAGUCUCGUUUAUCGGUGGAAAUCCUACAUGAUGAUGACAUUCGUCUCUUCCGUAUCGAAGAUUAUGUUUUUAGGAGGCGUUAACAAGAUCGUGGCGCAUGACAAAGAAAGGCUAAUGAAGAUAUUGCAUGAUCCAGAGCAGCCUCUUAUAACAGUUUCGAAUCAUAGAUGCAAUAUUGAUGAUCCUUUGAUGUGGUGUAUUUUGAAUUUGAGAGAAUUCUGGAAAAUCAAGGAUAAACAUCGGUUUACAUUAGCAGCUCAUAAUAUUUGUUUCACAAAACAGUUUCACACGACGAUUUUCUCGUUGGGACGAUGUGUUCCGUGUGUACGCGGUGAAGGCGUCUACCAAAAAGGAAUGGACUUUUGUGUGGAGAUGUUGAAUCAGAAAAAGUGGGUGCACAUAUUCCCCGAAGGAAAAGUGUGCAGGAGCGAAGAAGAACCCCUAAGAUUCAAAUGGGGAGUAGGACGAUUAGUAAUGGAUGCAAAGACUGACCCGUUGAUAUUGCCAAUAUGGACGAAGAACAUGGAAUCUGUAUGGCCAGAGCAACCACCAUAUUACCCCAAAUUCGGAAACACUGUUGAAGUGCACAUCGGGGAACCGUUUUCGUUAGCGGAAAUUAAACGGAUUAUUGAUUCACGUUCGGAAUUGACAAUUGAACAGAAACGGAAGAUUUUAACUGACAUCAUACAGACAAAAUUGUACGAACUCGGCGAGAAGGUCGGAGGUUUGAAGAAGGGAGCUGCGCAGCGAGUUCUUGACAAAUAUCCGGCAAUUCAGUUGGAAAAUUUGGAUAAUAGCAAAUUAUAG